AACCAUUUCAAUCCCAGCGGACAGGAGUGCUAUCAGAGAACAAAAACAGUACAAAGUUAUUAAACUUCAAUCAAUCUGGUCUAAUUUUGCGGCUCACGAUCGCUGGCGUUGGUGGGAAAGAUGUAUGCUAACUACCUAAAGCUCACUGUAGUUAUCGCGAGUUUGAUGUUUGUUACGGGGUUUAUUGCCUUGAUGGUCUUGUCUACAACUAAAGUGCUUCCUGCUCAGAAAGGGUUAAACUUCGAACAAGCGACUUGCCGUGUAACACACAGUGAAAUAUCAUGUGCAACAAGCAACUGCGGCGAUGAGAGUAAACACGUUGAAACUUCUCGAUGUCUUAAAGUUUACGUGCUCUGUGAAGAUGACAAAUCCAUAAACAAGAAUAGAAACGUUUCCAACGACAAACAAAUCGGGUAUUUGCUACGAAAAGAUGUGCAUCACUUAAACGACAAGUGUUCCUAUGAGAUUGCUCCAAAUAUCAGCCAUUCAGACUCAGACACCAGUCGAAAAAACCUGGAAGAGCUUCAGCAGCAGAAGGGGAAGCCUGGAUCGACAUUCAAGUUCUAUCGCAAUCCUAAAGCCCCGGAUGAAGUGGUUUACGAGAAUCACAGCAAAGAAGAAUACAGACAUGUUGUGUUACAGAGCGUAUUGUGGCCCGUUGCUUUAAUUGCACUCUCGAUUUUGAUACUAAUUUCGGCCAUGUGCUUUUGGCCAACUCGUAGAGAGUACAGGAGAAUUCCAUGAGUUAUUAGCGAGUAAAGUACAUUGCAGUUACAAAAGGGUCUAGGUAUGACAAAAGUCAGUGGCUCAACCAGCUUGUUAGUCCCAGGCCGUCACAAUUCAAGUAAGAAAGAGAAAGGCAAAUAUCAAGACAAUAUUGUAAGCAAAUGCCAGAUACAGAUACAGAUUUCAAAGGAACAUGUUGAUCGCUAUAUGAAGUUUAUUAUGUUAUUGGAAGAAGACUUGAUAUCAAUCAAACUUAUUUUGGAGAGACUCUAUGAAUAACUAUUUUUCGUCAAGAAACUUUCAAACUCAGGCUUCACAGGGUGAAUCUAUAACAGAUAUCUAGAGAGCGACUGAGUUAUAUUUUGUUAGGGGUUCUUAUUUCUAAUUCUUAGCCCUUCCUGGAUGUGGUGCAUCACGAGGAAUAAAUAUUUGUAGCUUUGGUAGUU